CGCCUGCCUCUGCCUCCCGAGUGCUGGGAUUAAAGGCGUGUGCCACCACUGCCCAGCUCUCAAACCCUUCUUGAGUGUUUUGCCAUAGGUGGACUCUGUAGUUCCACACCACCAUGGCUGGCCAGCCUCUCUGUUCUUCCUGGUAUGAUGUCUGCUAGGAGCCUGGGACCCUCCCUCCACCUAUGAGGGAUUUCUGAACGUUGAGGACUCUAGAAAACCUCAAGCCUUUGGUGAAAACAGGUUAUCCCAAGCGUAGCCAAGUAUAGAUUGUUCAAGCCCAACUUGAGCCUGUGGGUCUGGCAUGAGCUGACUUUUGUGCCACAAAGAUAGGUUAGGCGCAGCUCUAGCUCCAGGUCGUGGUGAUGGCUCUGCUUCAUUCAUUCUUACUCACCGAUGGCCUCAGCAGGGACAGAAGUGGAAGACGCCCAGGUUGCUAUGUGCUCUUUAUUGAGCGGAGUCCUAGCGCGGGGGAGCCGUGCCAAGCACUCAGGGCCGCGGGCGAGGGCAGCGGCGCCGCUUGCGCGGCUGCUCCUCGCGGGGGUCGCCUUCGCUGCAGACCUCGUGGUGGGUCAGCAGCUGCGCGUAUAGCGGCUGCCAGCCCUGCUGGGUCUUGGCCCCGCCCCCUCGCCCGCCAGCCGCGCGACGCCCUUCCUCCUGCAGCCGUGCUUCCAGCUGCAGCAACAGCACCAGGAUCCUUUUCAUCUCCCCGGAGCGAGCGCCUUCGCGCCUGUCUACGCCGUCGCCCGCGCCACGCAGCAUGGGCGCCACCGCUGAGAAGCAUCUCGGGGCGCCGAGCGCAUCCUCAACCGGCCGCCCGGGCCGCGCACACGGGCACGCUGCUGCCUCGGCCAGCUGCUGCCGCUUGUCCAGCGGGAAAAGCAGAGUACGAACAGGCCUCCAAGGUGGACCAGUUUGUCACACGGUUCCUGCUUCGAGAAACUGUGAGUCAGCUACAAGCCCUGCAGAGCUCCCUGGAGGGGGCAUCAGACACCCUGGAGGCCCAGGCCCGAGGUCAGCGGUUGAAUGAAGAACACAUUCAAGUGCAGAGCAGGUCCCGUAGCAGCCGGCGGGCAGGGCGCAGAGCCCUGAAGAGCAUCAGCUGGUCACCAGCCUGGUCUCCUGGAUCCUCUGAUACAGGGUGGACUUCAGAGGCUGAACUGCAGUGGCGGCUGCAGGUCAAUCGCCUCCAGGAGCUCAUAGACCAGCUUGAAUGCAAGGCACCCCGUCUGGAACCCCUGCAAGAGGACCUUGCCAAGGGGCCUGACUCGCACAUCCUUGUGGCGCAGAGACAGGUCCAGGUGGCAGAGGAUGCCCUGCAGGAUUUUCACCAUGCCCUGUGCUGCUACAUGAACUUCACAGGGGCCCAGAGCCAUUGUCUACAUGUGUCUGCCCAGAAGAUGCUAGACCAUGCUGCCUUCACCCUCUAUGAGUUCUGGCAGGAUGAAGCCUCCUGGAGAAGGCACCAGCAGUCGCCCUGCAGCAAGGCCUUCCAACGCACUCUCAUCGAUCACCUGCAGGCCCCGGACACCCUCACCACUGUGUUCUUCCCAGCCUCCUGGUGGAUUAUGAAUAAUAACUGAGUCGGGUCUGCUUAAGCUGGUGACUCUGCAGCAUGGCCCAUCCACUCUAGAGCCUUCUGCACUGGUCAACUCUACACUAAGACCAAGAAGCCUGCCUGUUCUCAGGCUAAGGGCCUGAUCAGCUGGUAGAGGGGCUUAGCACAGGGAUCAGGGACUGGGUUGCCUGCUUAUUUAUUUUGCUGUUUGUAGCUUCCAAGCACCUGGGCUUCUGCCUGACUCGGGAAGCCCAGAUCCUGGUUCCCUUGUCCUCUGCCUUGGUGUGUGACCCAGGCAGAUCCCUUCCCUCUCUGGCUGCCUAGGAGUGUCCUGCUUUUGUUUGUUGUUUUGGGGUUAGGUUUCUGUUCUUCCUCAACCAGUGGCAGAACCAGGGCUGAUGCUCAGGGACCCCCUCAAACCCUGGGACCUUGACCCCUGAGGCUAGGCCAACUCAGUCUGUAGUGUAGAAACCCAGGAUGUCUAUCACUCUUCUGGGUUAGAUCUAGAAUUUCUAGCAUCAAUUUGUUGUACAAGAGACCUCUGGAGUAUCCUGGGUUGGUUUGCAUGUCAUUUGCAUACCAUUUGCAUGUCCUGCCCCACCCAUUCUCAGGGCACUAUGAGAAGCCCAAAGAAGACCUUGCAGAGUAGCAAUAAUUUGGGCCUAGAGUUGCCUGUUGCCCCUAGAGAUCUCUGAAUCCAAGCUUAGGACCCCAGAACAGAGGCAAUAAAGUUGGUGGUUACCUGUG